AUGACCCGCCUCCAGCUUCUUCUUCUCGCGGUGCUAACCAGCUUUGUUAAUGCUCAGAAACUGGUUGUCGUUAUCGGUAAGACAUUUUUUUAUACUUUUAAAAAAUAAUUUUUAGCUAUUGACAGCUGUGUGUUAUUUGUAACUGCCUUUUUAGUUUACAAAGCCUCAGGGAGAAAUAAAAAGUCCAGUAAAAUUCUCAAAUAUAAAAAGAGUGUAAUUGCGAAUUAGCAAAGAUUCUGAAAUGAUAACUUGAAUUAUUUUUUCUUUCAAAAUCAAUUCUCUCACCUCAACUCAUCAGAACACUUUUUUCAAUGGUGGGACGAAAAAAAAAACUAACUCGUGAAUGCUGGAGUAUCCUCGGCUUCGCUCCAAUUUCCCUUUUGGGAAAGACAAGAUCUAAAAACGAUUUUAAUUGGCAAUCAAAAAAUCUUGGUUUUCAUAAUUUUUUGAUCUGGUCCAAAAUAAAAUACUCAAUUAUUUUUCCUCGUGACUAAUGAAUUGUUGUUUUCGAAAACUCAUAUCAUUUAUAAAAGCUUCGUGAUUAUCAGAAAGAGCUGAUAAAAAAUUAGCUUCAUCUCAACAGCCUUUUUGAUAGUGUCAAGAUAAUGUAAAAUGAAUAAAACCAGAUACAGAACUUUCUAGAAAUAUAAAGUUUUUAAUGAAAAAUCGGAAAACCGUUCUUCCUUCCUGUCUCUUUGAACUACUUACAUAUUUUUCUCAGUUGACGGUUUGUCGAGUACAAACUUCCAUCGAUUCGCCCACCUUCCGGCAUUUCGGACUUUCGAAGAAGAAGGCGUCUGGUCCACCAAACUUUUCCCCGUCUUUCCGUCUUUCGGCAUCUCCAAUCGUCAUUCCCUCUUAACAGGUACACAAUUUAAUUGAAUAUUUACGAGCUGUUUAUACAUCAACCUGAACAGAACCAUUGUCUCAAAAAAAAUCACUUCAAAUAGAUAUUUUCCAAAUAAUUUAGCUUUUUUUUUUUCUUACUUGAUUUUCUCCCUAUACUCAAGUACUUAGCCACCACCCGGAAAUCAUUGGAAACUAUUGACCGAACUAUGUUUGACCAAUUCUUGUUUCUUUAAUAUUUUCUAUUUCAGUUUUCCAUUUACUUAGACUUCUCGGGAUUCACAUUGAUCUCAAAUAACUUUCUGAUUUGUACUUUUUGUUCUCAUUCGUACAUUUCAAUCAGUUAUAUGAAAUCCGAGAUAUUAAAACGAAAUGAAUUUCGGCGUUUCAAAUGGCACGCAAUUAUUUGCCAUGUCUCCGUUAUUCACGACACGCAACACGCUUUCAUUGCAAUAACAGGACAAAAUAAACAAAAGUUGGAAAGAAUUUUUUGGCGUUUGUUCUUCUUUUAUUAAUUCAAUUUUAUUCGGAUGUAUUCUUCAUUGUUUGAUCUCAGGACUUCCCCCACGACGCCAUGGGUUCAUCGGAGACUACAUGUUCAACUGGCGUACCGGCGAAACAUUCAGAAACUUCACGCAACCCGGCGAUUACAAAUCGUUCGCAAUUCCAAGGAAUUUUUGAUAGAUUUGCUUUUCAGUGAUUGGUGGACAGUUGAGCCGAUCUACGUGACAGCGAGUCGGGCAAAAGCCUCGACGGCCUUGUUUUUCUUCCCUGAAUGCGAGGUUUUCAUUUGUUUUUGAAACCGUCGAAAACAUGUAAGAAAACUUUCAUAGAUUCGAAAAGUAGGUGUGUUUGAUCUAUUCAAUAAUUAUAUGCGAUUUUAAACCUAUUUAGAAAAAAUUCUCAUCUUUUCGCCAACUUUCUUAGAAUUUCCUUUAUAUUUGAAAUGUUUUUUUUUUCAAGUUUUUAAUUUUUAUACUCCUUUUUUUGCAAAUUGGUUCUGUUAGAAGCAGUUAAAUAAAAUAAAUAAUUAAAUAAAUGAUAGGGAAAACUGAAGAUUAGCUUCUAAAUAAUGAAGAAUUUUAGAUGAUUUUCGUGUUGAUAAAAGGAAAAAUAAAAAACUCAAAAAGAACGCUUUCCAGACUUUCAUCACUUCGUUCAGGAACAGAUUUUCUCAUCAUUUUGAUCAAAAAAAUUUGAUAGAUCAUUUCUAACUUUCAGGUCGAUUGGGAUCCUUAUCCUCACACUUGCGUCCCUCCGAGACCCGAUGGCCGCACUUUUUCCGACGAGUCCGAAGCCAAAGCUGUCGUUCAAGCUAGCAAGUUUGUCUUUUCAAAUCUAAACACUUUUCCAACACGCUUCUGUCGUUUUGAAAAAUUUUCUACAUACUUAACGUCACUAUUUAUAAUUUUAGAACACACGACCUCGUGCUGGUGUACCAUCCAUGGAUUGGCGCCGAAUUUUCCGCCGCCGGCGCGGCUCAUUCAAACUCCAAAACUUCGCGGGAGAUCAAAAAGUUUCAGCAUGUGAGUUUGUGGAGGUCAUCAUUUGGUGAAAAAAAAAACUUUGAUGUGAUUCUUUGUUUUCUUACUGUCAAGAAAGCUUGAUUCAACACUUUCCAUCUCAAUGGAGAUUUAGCCCCUACGAGUCCUUUCACAAACAUUUCUGUCUACCCUAGAAUUCAAAACUUCUUUUUUUUACAGUCACUGGAAAGAUUGACUGCACAAGCGAGAGAAAGAAUCGAUUUGAACGUUUUGGUGGUUUCGACGCACGGAUUGGUCGAUGUUCCACGACAAAAUAUUCGGUUAACUCGGGUUUUAAUUUUUUGAAAAAAGCAGCUCACAAAAAUAGCCGUGAAAAAAGCUUUACAAAAGUCUCGAUGUGCGCUCUAUGACUAACUUGAAAAUUCCGCUUUUUUUGACGAAAAAUAAUUUAGAGUACUGGACGAGUUUGUUCCGAUGGAACUUAUCAACACGACUGUUGGCAGUGGGGCGAUCAAGCAGCUCAUCGUCAAAAACGGCAAAACUCAUCAAAUUUACAGGUUCCCUCAAACUUGAAAAACUAAAAUAGAGAAGGAUUUUCUUUCAGUCAGUUGCGGCAUCACAAUCCGAUUCCAAACGUCAGAGUCUACUAUACCACACAAAAAGUAUUUUUUCUGUUGUUGAAAGUUACGCAUAAAUCAAAACCAAAAAAAAAAAAUUAUUUCCCUGUCUUUUUUCAAGCUUUCGUCUUUAAUCAAAGUGGCUAUUUAUUCCGUCUUGUAACUCGUAUUUUGUCGUAUUUUGCUACAAACGUGGGAGUUUCCAAGCUCCUUUGAAAGCUUUUUCUGAACUUAAGAAAGAUUAAGGUGAGUGACAUGCCGGACUGGUACAACUAUAAGAAGAGCGAAAAUGUUGCCGAUUUAGUCUUGGUUGCAGAUCCUGGCUAUGCGAUAGUCACAGUGAGUUCAUCUUCUUCACUAUAAAAAUGAAAAAAACUCUCAUGAGUCUAAAAUUCUUGUAAAGAGCAGAACCAUAAGAAAAAUUCUUUUUAGGCAUGCAAUUUUUUGACAGUUUUUUUCCCAUUUUUUUCGAACCAGUUCUAUUUCUUGAAGAGCUUCCUUUUCAGUACACUGUUUCGCUUAUUGAACUGGGACCUUUCCUCGAAACUUCAUUGAUCUUUUAAACUUUGAAAAACAGUUCCCGACGUCAAACGCUAAGAACUUUUCAGGGCUUAUCAGAAACAUUUAUUUUCUGUUAAAUACUUCAGAAAGACGUGACCAAACAGUUCCCGACGCCGAAUCUGCACGAAAUCCCACGCGCUAUCUCGGGAUACAAUAGUCAAUUUCCUGAUGUAGUUGGCGUUUUUCUCGCAUUUGGGCCAGGUAAAUGGAUUAUUCAGGUGAAACAUCCCCUUAAAGACUUCGUAACCUGGAGCAACGUCAAAAACCUUGCAAAGAUAACGGGACUAUGGCUGGCCAAUUAA